CGAGGGGGGGGACCGGCUGCUUCCACCCAAGCACUGGAGCCCCUGGAGCGAAGGCUCCUCGCCCCUUCUGCUAUUGCCUGCGAAGGAGGGACAUCAGCAGUGAUGCUGCUCUGUGACAUCCCAGCAUAGGGAGUAAGAGCCAUCGCUGCCAGCAAGCCAUGUGAACGCAAGAGCAGAGGAGAAGAAGUGCACUAUCCCGACUCCAGCUAUAAAACAGCUAAUCUUUGCUGCACAAUUCCCACUAGCUGGAAUGGGGGAUGUUCCUAGAUAAAUCACCAGCAAGCUCCUGGUCUGAAUCAUGGACUCCCGUGCCUUGUCCCAACACCACUGCCUGCUCUGAAAGAAAGCUGAAUUUUUGAUUGUUUGUAAUGAGGAACUCAAAACUCCAUGCUCUUUAAGCAAAGAUCAUUAGCCCAGGAUUAGAAGACAUCCCUCAGCAAUCUGGCAAAGCAGAAAACAACCCUCCCCAGCUCAAACAAGGAUACCUGCUGUGGUAGAAGGUGGCAGAAAGCUCAUUGUGCAAUUUGUUUGGAAAACAACACCAAAGCUGUGCAAACCUUUGCAGCUCAGUUUGAGAGAAGGACCAGAGCUUUUCACCUGCCAAAGAAGCUGACCUACCAAAAGAAGGACCAAAAUAUUUUUAGCACAAAAUAAAAGCCAGGGGGGAGUGUAGAACACGAUGCUUGUUAUCAUUGUGACAGCAACUUGCAAAAUGAUUUGCAAAGUCCUGUCCCGUGCAGUGUGAACCAGCAGCCUUGGCACCGAGAGGAUGGAGCACCUCUUGCUGAAGCCAUCGUGACAUCUGUCCUAAGUUGCCUCCCCUGACAUCCUCUGUGAGUCUGGUGAGGGAAGACAGCAAAUUGAAGGUAUGUAGGGAAAAUGGACCAGAGCUGACUAACCCCCAGGCCCCAGAGAGCAAUGACUGAGACCUACUUAAAAUCCCGUGGAAACCUGACUGGCCGUGUCCACCUUCCAACUGUGGCUACCGAAGUAGACACCACAGCAGAUAAAUAUUCCGGCCUCUACGUGUACGUGGGAUUGUUCCUGACACUCCUGGCUGUCCUUCUCAUCCUGCUUUUCUCCAUGCUCCUGCGCAUGAAGCACGUUGUUUCCCCGGUCUCCGUGUCUCCAGAGGGCACUGAGAACACCCAGCAGUUCACAGAUGUGGAAAUGCACAGCAGGAUUCCAACCACAUAGAGACCACAGAGCAAGGAGGAGGGUUCUGUGCUUGUGAAACGUGUUCUGUUCAGCAAAACGUGGUGGAAAGAAUCUGUGGCUGCCUAUUGAGCCCCACAACUUCUUGCACAACCAUCACCAGCAGCACAGAGCAGCUGGGAAGUGUCAUGACUCUCGGGCUGGCUGGCUGUUAACACUACAGCUAACCUGUGUGCAACACCCUCAGUCAAACUUACAUUACAGAAACCUGCUGCUGUCAGGAAAGGCUCAUAUCCCUCUACAAAACUUGCAGAAAUCAUGAAGACCACAAUAAUAACAGCCAAAAACCCAGAGAGACAUAUAGCACAAUGUGUCUUGGAGCCUGUAUUUGCUGACACCUCUCUCUGCCCUUAAAUAUCUACCUUGUGAAAGGAGUUGAAUCAACAAAGUUGAGUUGUGUAAGUGGGAAGAACCCACAGGGCACACACACAAAUUAUCAGUGGCUUGAAUAUUCUCAGGCAUUUCUCCCAUUCAAGAAGGAAAACUUUAAAUUGCUUUUUUUUCCACUGAAAUGGCAAUUACACAGUGGAGUUUUGGAAGUGUACAAAUGUUUCAUCACCUGCUGGAACUACUGCUUUUUGACACUAAAAGCCAUACAUUGAAUAGUUGCAUGCUAGAUAUCAAAAAGAGACAGAACUUUAAAAGAGGAAAGAAAAUAAAGCCAAAAUUUAAGCAAGGUUUAAAGUAAAAAGAAAGCAUCAGCAGGAAAUGAGCAGCAGGAGAGAAAAAAUGUUAAGACACUACCUCUUCCUUUGUUCUUCAUCACAUUAACUGAGCUGAAUACAAACAUGUUUCUGCCUUUCAGCUUCCCCAGUAACACUCAGUAAUUAAAAUGCAAUGUAAUGUUUUGGAGUCAAAUGGACAUCACUCUCCUAACAGACUUAAGUUCAUAAUAACAUGUUGUUUCAGAUCCAUAUUGGGUUUUCUUCCUCAAAAGACAGACCAGUUCUGCCAAAGCUCUUUCAUUUGUUUUCCUCCAAAUAACGCUGAGGAAAUGCUGGGGCCUGGCACUGCAAUCACGAAUAAUGUGAACAACCCUGGACAAAGACUAAGAGGGAGUAUGCAAAUGGAAAGUAAACUCACUGAGCACUAAAAAAUAGGAUUGCAUUCAAAUAUCCUGGUGGAAUUUCCUGGAGGAAAGAAAUGUUUACUUGCAUUUAUGAAGCAACAAUCUGACCCAGUCUUCUUACCUAUGAAUGAUGUUGAGAGAGGUAGGCUUUGCUUCUGUAUAUGGGAAAGAUGGAAUCAGAUAUAGGAUAUUUGAUGGUAUAUGAGAUAUCCCAGUGGUCCUGGGAGCACCACUUCUUCUUACAGAAAAAACUCGAGUGAGAUUGUUUCAGCUACAUCUCUAAAGGGCAGAAAUUUUACACAGCUUAUCCUCUUUAUUACAAUCUAAUUCUAGUUCAGCAAUAAACCCCCCUGGAUGCUUUCCACAUGUGUAUACACUUCUCUGCUAAUUCUUGUCUCUCCAAGGGCUUGGAAAGUGUAAACACCUGACACAAAACCAGUGUAAAAUUAAGGAAGACACUGACUGUCACAUGGACUUGUGACAGUAACACAAAUCUGUUUCUCAAAUGCUUUGUGUACAACAGGUUCUUUGUUCACCUUUAGAGGUCUGUACAUGGGGAGCUGUUUGGACUGGGAAUAUGGCUUUUACAGCUGACUGUGUGUGGGGGAGCAGAAUGACAAGUAACAUCCAUACUGGACACACUUGGUCCUUGGGCAGGACUAGUGUUAUUUCUCACUGAUGUAUAUAGUAUGAAACUAUUUAAAAUUUACUUCCUUAUAUUGAUUAAGUCCCUUUACACUCCAUUAAUCCCCACAUAAAUUGGUUUAAUCUGUGAAUCGUAGAAUCAGUGAAUGGUUUGGGUUAGAAGGGACCUUAAAGCUCAUCUUGUUCCUGCCCUGAGCAGGGACACCUUCCACUAGCCCAGGUUGCUCUGAGCCCCAUCCAACCUGGCCUUGAACAGUGAACUAGAACAGUUCUGUGUAAGGGAAUUCAACAAACAACACCCUCACAGCAGUAUCUCCCCAUGCCAUGCCUGACUGUGUUUCCCUGCAGAAAUGGCAGGAGACAGGCUGCCCUCCACUUUCCUGCCAUGGGGACAAUACUGGGCAGGAUGGUGCCUUCACACACCAUCUAAAGACUGGCUCCUCUCAGAACUGCACAAGAGCCAAAGUUUUUUGUGAUGAUCUGGAUAUUAAUCUAAUGAAGACAGAGGGAUACCAAGUUAGUCAGUGACAUUUAAAUUUAACAAAAACCUAUGCAGAUCAAGUUGGCUUGGUAUGUGUCAUUCAUUGAGCCAUCAUAAGGCAGCCUAGCCCAGCCUCAGCAUCUGACUUGCUCUCUAAAACUUUUCCAUUUUCUUGAUAUGCCAUUCAAAAGCUACAACUUACCUAGACCAUAAAUGUUCUAAUAUACUAAAUCAGCAACUAAACCACAUUAGCCUUCCAGCACAACUAUCUGUGGAAAAACCUUGUAUCCAAGAGGCUGCAGAACAGACAGCUUUAAUUGACAGACUUUUAUUGACAUAAAAUCUCAGAUCUCCUAAUGAAAAAUGACAUUAUCAGAAUCUGAGCCAGAACCCAAACUCUGAUUGCUCUGAUCUCAGCCAAAAUGCCCCCCAAGAUAGGUGUCAAGACUGAGCUUCUUUCCUUCAUACUAAAGAAUGUUACUUCAGAAAAGUCUUACAUUUUAAAACUUAUUCAGUAAAUAUAUUGUAAAUAAAUGAGCAAUCACUUUAUAUAUCAUUACAUUAUACCAGAUACCAUCUUUGGGCAGACUGUGUAUUGCUCUAGGAUACUGUUAUGGAAGGUACCGUAUCUUCUAAUAAAAAAAUGACAAGUUUUCCUUUCUAUAGCUUCAUUUCACACAAAGUAUCUGUCCCACUUAACACUUUACACACCAAGGGGCACUUAAGAGUCCCUCAUUUGUCUGUACAAUGCCAGGAAAUUUCAAAACCUUUCCUACUGAGAAACAGAAGAAUGCC